GCCGACUGAGUGACAGCUUCUUGAUCGCGAAGUCCGGCCCUUCUGAACACCGGCCCGAGCCACAUCCGGCUUCUUCGCCGACACAUUUUCUUCAAGCAGCGCUCUGCUGUUCGACGGAGAGAAACCCAGCAAAGCGGGACGAUCCAGGGGCACGCCGAGUGAUUGUGAUUAAGACUUGCGACCUUGAGCGAGAGACAGAAAAGAAAUACUUUUCUAGUAGAUUACAGGAGGUGGCUGGUUCUGAGGGUGAUCCGAGCUGUGCCAAACUAGAUGAAUUUCCAUUGAAAUGUCAGAGAGGUCAGGCCAGAGCACAAAGGUAAAGGAUGGGAAAACCAAGUAUGCAACACUUAACCUGUUUAACACGUACAAGGGGAAAUCAAUAGAGACUCAGAAAAAUUCAGUUGCAGCACGACAUGGAUUACAGAGCCUGGGCAAAGUGGCCAGCUCGCGGCGCAUACCACCACCUGCAAAUCUUCCAAGCCUCAAAGCGGAGAACAAGGGAAAUGAUCCUAAUGUGAAUAUUAUACCAAAGGAUGGGUCAGGAUGGGUCACCAAAUCUGAACAACAAGAGGAAAGUAACAGUACUACUGAAGCCCAAGUACAAGAAUCCCAGCCACCCAGUUCAGAAUCCCCGGCCCCAAGCACCCAGGAGGUACCAACUCCAGUUGUGAAAUCCUGGGCCCAGACUAAUAACAAGCACACUGGCCAAGGAGAUGGAAUCCAGUGUUUAAACAGUCACUUCCAGCAUGAGUUCCCUAGCCUGCAGGCAGCCGGAGAUCAAAAGGAAUUGCCAGAUGAGGCUGUUGGACCUGGACCUAACUUGCGUCCACCAAAUGUUACUAGUUGGCGAGAUGGAGGGAAAUCUCUUCCCAUAAUGCCUGGAUGUCUGGAUCAAGAUGGCAAGCCUUGUAAUUUAGAAGAUGGAGGGACUGGUACAUCAGAACUGGGUGACAAAGCUAUUGACAAACGGGAUGGACGGGAAAAGGCAACAUUACCACUCUCUAAGAUAAAUGGACAGCUGAUUAUUCCACCUGCACCACAAUUUAGAGGAUUAAUGCCACCUUAUAUGUCUAACUCCUCUAAAAUGCAAAUACCACAUCGUCUAUCAUAUCCCGCACCAAAUAUCAAGAACCAAAGUAGUUCCUUAAGACAACAGCAAUCUCAAUGGUGUCAAGACCUUCAUGAGCGACCCUCCAUUAUUAGUGCAAAUGAAUUGAAGGAACUUGAUAAUCUGGACACAGAAAAUGAUGAUGGCUGGGCAGGAGCACAGUCUGAGGUGGAUUAUACAGAGAAACUAAAUUUUAGUGAUGAGGAUGAGGGAACAUCCACGCAGAAAGAUGAUGAAAUCUGUGAUGACCGGGAUGAACAAGUCAGCAGAGCUGAACAGCUUGGAGCAAAAACUCCAGAGAGUUCUAAUGACCAGAAAGAAAUCAAUGAGUGUCCUGGAAAUAAAACUUCUUCAAAUGAGAGUCCAACGAUGCAGGCAGCCUCACUGUCACCAACCAAGAUCGCUUCCAUCAGAAGCCUCCAGACUGAUCGUCAGGAAGCAGGACGGACAGCAGUGCAAGCUGUGGUACGUGAAUUGCGUGGACUAGGGAAUACGCCUGUCAAUCAGAAACCAGCUCCCCAGCAUCCGCCACCUCCAGCUCGUCAGAUUGGACCUGCAAAAUAUGCCCCUACCAAACCUUUAUUACCAAGCGAUGGUGAUGAAGCUUGGAGACAAAGGAGGAAACCGUCAAUGUCUGAAGUUUCUGCAGCAGUUGAAAGAGCUAGAAAACGACGUGAGGAAGAGGAACGACGAAUGGAGGAGCAACGUUUGGCAGCCUGUGCAGCAAAACUGAAGAAACUUGAUGAAAAAUAUGGAACUCUUUCAAAAGACCGAAAGGAAAAUGCAAAGGAGAAGGAUAAGAUUAAAAGAAUUGAAAGAGAAGGUACCAAGGACAUUGAGAAGGAAAAUACAAAGGACAAUGAGAAUGACAAAGUUAAAAAGAAAGAAAGUGAAAAUGAAAAUCAGAAAUUGAAAGAAACUGAAAAACAACAGGAGAAAGAGCAAGAACAGGAAAAAAUUAUAGAACAGCCAAAGGAGAAGGACCAUGAGAAAGAGCAUGAAAACAAAGAGCAGGAGGAGCAACAAGGACAAGAGGAGAAGAUAGAAAAGGAAAAUGCACAAGAACUAGAGCAGGCACAAGAGCAAGAAGAGGAAUGGGAAAAGGAAGAAGAGAAUGAAAUGGAAAGGGAGACUGAGCAGAGGCAGGAGGAACCUCAGAGCGAAUCUGAUGACAUCAGAGGCCAGGAAGAGGAUUUGAAAAAAACAGAGGAUGAUAUUUCUCCACCUAAUGAUCAACUGGACAGUGCUUUAAAUGAGAAGGAGAUUAUUCCAACAUCAAAUGAUACUGAUGGUGAUUUGGGGUCCCAAACACGACCUGCUGUUCCCACAGGUUAUUCAAAGCAGUUUCAGAAGUCAUUACCACCUCGAUUCCAACGUCAACAGGAACAGAUGAUGAAGCAACAACAAUGGCAACAGCAACCAUCAGGUGUUCAUCAGCAACAAACACAGUCUCAAACUCCAGCCCAACCUCAACCUCAAGCUCAGCCUCAGCCUUCUGGAGCUCCUGUGCCACCUCCACAGCACAGGCCCUUGUACCAGACUCCAUUAGCCCCACCUCAUCACCAACAUUUAGCUUCUAUGGGAUUUGAUCCACGUUGGAUUAUGAUGCAGUCGUACAUGGAUCCACGAAUGAUGUCUGGAAGGCCACCAAUGGACAUGACACAAAUGCACCCUGGUAUGAUGGCACCAAAAUUAAUGAGAAGAGAUCAGAUGGACAGUUCCGGUUCAGGGUCUGAAUCAUUUGACCAUCUGUCACGGCCAGCUAGAGAUCAUACCAUUCAGUCCACUGAACCUCGACUUGUGUGGAGCUCAGAAUCUUAUCCUCAUACAGAGCCACAGCAAGCUACUACCCCUCCAAUUGUAAUGGAAGAAUCCAAAGAUCCCAGGCCUGAGAUGACUGUGGAACAAGAGAGAAAGACACCUUAUUCCACAGAGAAAAGACAACUGUCUCCACACUUGAAUUUACUGAAUCAAGAACUCUAUCGGGACAAGACUGAUGAAGAAAAGGGGAAGUUUGCAAACAAAUCAUUGGAAGAUAUUCAACCUGUCCAGUCUGACAAAGUGGCUGAUACUGUAAAGCUGGAACCUGUGGAUUUGGCUGUGACCCGGGGUGCACAGGAAGAACCUGUACUACAAGCAGAACCUCGAACAGUCUUAAAGAGAAGUUUAUCUCAUGGAUCAACUCACUCAUUGAAGUUGGAAGUCGAGAAGAGUGAUCCUCUCCCAGUGGCAGUCAAAAUACAAAACCGAACUAAUGAAUCAAAAGAUCAGCAAGACAAACCAGAAGAAAAAUCAAAAAAAGAAAGUAAACCAUUUGAAGGAGUAAAGAAUGAAAAGCAGUUUAGAAGAGAAUCCAGGCAUGACACACGUUGGGGUCCUAGACCAGCUUCUAGGAGAGAUGAAGGUUACAUAAGACCAGUGCGACGUUGUGGCCCAAUUAAAAAGCCUGUACUAAGAGACAUGAAAGAAGAACGUGAACAAAGAAAGGAAAAAGAAGAUCGUCAUUCCAUUCCAAUCAAAGGUAAUAAAGCUCCAAAAACUGAAAAGAGAGAACCUUCUCAGGCAAUCAAUAAGAGCAGCAGCAAAGCGGAACCUGAAAAGUCUCUUCCAGAGAGUUCUGUGCCAAUUGUUAAAAAGGCAUGUCAGGAUGUAAAACCGUUAGUAGAUAAAAGUGAGACUGUUCCUCCUGUUCCGCCAGUUAGUAAAACUGUAAGCAAUCAAGCUACUUCGGUUCCAGCACCAAAGGAUGAGAAGCACGAGAAGCCACAUGUUAAGAAUCAUCUCUCCGAAAGGCAGCGUAUUGAUAACAGGUUUCCUAUCAGGCGAGAUUCUGGUUUGCCCCCACGUAAUUACCGCAAAGAGGUUAGGGAGCAACGUGACUGGAUUCCUGACCAAGGUUACAGGGGAAGAGGCCGUGGAGAAUUUUAUUCUCGAGGGCGCAGCUUUAGAGGAUCUUAUAACGGCCGUGGUCGUGGGGGAAGAGGUCGCAGCAGAGAGUAUCCUCGUUACAGGGAGCCAAGACCGAGGUUAGAACAUGUGACAAGUGCUCCUUCAUUUCGGCAAAGAGAAGAAAGUGAAACACGCAGUGAAAGCUCUGACUUCGAAGAGGUUCCUAAACGUCGCAGACAACAUGGCUCUGAAACAGAUUCUGAUACUGAAGCUCAUGAAAGUGCAAGCGAUACAAUUUCUGACAAAGAAAAUCCAAAUAAAGGGAAACGUCUGAAGAAAGAAGGUCGGCCAGAGAGUAAACCAAUUCAAAAGUCCUUCAAAUCUGAAAGUAACUUUAAGGUUGACAAUAGAUCAUCAGAAAAGCCCCCCUUAAGAGAGGAUGACUCAAAGCCAAAACCUGGUUUUCUUCCAAGAGGGGAACCUUCAAGGCGUGGAAGGGGAGGAAUGUUUAGAGGAGGCAAUAGAGGUGCUGGAGGCCGUGGUGGCUCAAGAUCUGCACCAUUAAGGAAGCCAGGGCCUUCUAAUUCAAUAUGGCCUCCAAAGUUAGAGACUUCCAGAAGAGAUGAUGAUGUGAAAAAGGUCGAUCAUUUUGAAACUCCUCCUUUUGAGAGAAGACAUGUUAAACCGGAUCGUAAAUUUGACCAUAGCAGAGAACGUCUUCGUAAGCAAAGACCUACACGCCCACCAAGACAAGACAAGCCACCGAGAUUCAGGCGUUUGAAAGAGAGAGAAGCUGCAGCUAAAGUAAAUGAAACCACCCCAACUGUUGUGACAAAUGCAACCUCCAGCAGUACUGUGCAGGAGCACACAAAUUCCUUGGAUGUGGCUGGGAGCAAGUCACCGGAUUUAUCUAAUCAGAACUCUUCAGAUCAGGCUAAUGAAGAAUGGGAGACUGCUUCUGAAAGCAGUGACUUCAAUGAGAGGCGUGAAAGAGAUGAAAAGAAAGUGAUGGAUGUCAACUUGCAGGCUACAACCAAGUCUGGAGAAAAUAAUCUCCUUCCCAAGCGGGAUGCUGCAAAGAGAAGUUUUUCCAGCCAACGUCCGGGCGCCGACCGGCAGAAUCGUAGAAGCAAUAGUGGAGCAAACAAACCGAACAGAAACUACUCUGGAAGCAAAAAUGAAAGGCGAAGUGGAAUGUCGUCAAAGCCUGGUAGAAGGGGCUUAUCAAAGUUAGAACAGCCUUUUGAAGAGAGAACAGCAAUGAUUGGUAUUGAUCCCACCAGCAGUAACAUGGCUCAUCAUCCAGGGGAAUGUAGUAACACUGGCUCAGCUCCAAGGUCUACAAAAGACGCAACUGGCAAGAAACGAGAAGAAUCCAAAUCAACAAAGAAACCAAAAGAGAAGCCUGAUGCUCUGUCGCAGUUUGAUCUGAAUAACUAUGCUAGUGUGGUGAUCAUCGAUGAUCACCCAGAGGUGACAACUGUUGAAGAUUCUCAGUGCAGCACAACCGAUGACGGAUUUACUGAAGUUGUGUCAAAGAAACAACAGAAACGUCUCCAAGAUGAGGAACGUAGAAAGAAAGAAGAGCAAGUUGUACAGAAUUGGAACAAAAAGAAUGUGAAUGACAAGGGGAGAGGCCAGAAUUCUAAACUGCCUCCGCGAUUUGCAAAGAAGCAGCAACAGGCAGCCCAACAGGCUCAAGUGCAGACACCAACUUCAGUUCCAUCACAAGUUCAAUCUCAACAACAGGCUGGUACUCUGACUUCAGUUGCAGUUCCAGCUCCAGAUCCAGUGCUAAUUGAAAUUCCUGCUCCGACAGCAUCUCCAACUGAGACUGCCAUUACAGUUCAAGAACAGUCCAAGGUGCAAGGAGAGAACUGUGCAUCAGGAAAUAAUGCAGAGAAUAAAGCAGUGACUCCUCCACAAAUGCACAGCACAUUGGAAGCAGAGCUGUGGGACAACAAGAUGAAUUCAUCCGCUGUCCUUUCUGAAGUCACCACAAAAUUGGGACCGAUUAGUCCUCCACAGCCUCCACCUGUCAGUGCAUGGAAUAAGCCCUUGACCUCAUUUGGAUCUUCCCCAACACCUGAGGGAACAGGUUCCAGUCAGGAGAGUGGAAGUGAGCUUGGUAUUGAUUCUGAUCAGUUGGCAGCAAAAAUUAGCACCACCACCAGCACCACUAUAACAGCUACUCCCAGCACCACUACUGCAACAGCUGCAACAGAGUGUGAAGUGACCUCAGCGGAAAAAGCUGCUGAAAAUAAGUUGCCAGAGCCAAAAGAACAGAGACAGAAACAGCCUCGGGCAGGUCCGAUCAAAGCACAAAAGAUUCCAGAUUUGAACCCAGCGGAGAACAAAGAACACAAACCUGGCCCCAUUGGUAAGGAACGCUCAAUGAAAAACAGGAAAGUCAAGGACGUACAGCAGACAGAAGUUGAAGGAAAAGAUGAGCCUCCGGUUGGUAAUAUUGGGAGCCCAGAGCCUGCAGUAACACCGGAACCAAAGGUGGUAACUGAUCUGAGCACGGAGGCAAAGACUGUGAUCUCUGUUCCACCACCAGAAUUUGAAGAAAAUUCAAAGGAAUCCAUGACUGAUUACACAGCACCUUCUUCCUCACUGUCAGAUUCUGCUUCAAAUGACAGUGGCAAAAUAGAGGAUUCCCUGGUCAGCAAUAUGGAAUGUGCACGAAAGGCAUGGGAGAAUUCACCAACUAUAGGAGAAAAAAACUCUCCAGCGACAUCUUCAGCACCACCAAUCACCAGUGCUAAUGGAAGUAGCAGUAGCACUUACAGUUCCUUCUCCAGUGCUUCCAUGCCUCCGAUUCCAGUGGCCUCAGUCACUCCCACAACACCCUUAUCUGGAGCAGGGACAUAUACUACCUCCUCGCUGAAUACAAAAGCAACUACCACCUCUGACCCACCCAACAUCUGUAAAGUAAAACCUCAGCAGCUGCAAAAUGGUAACAUGGCUCCAGCAAGCCAUUUCUCACAACUUAGCUGUGUGACAUCACUCAUCCCUCCACAACAACCAAGUCCACAGGUGUAUGUCUCCCAAUCUGCAGCAGGACCUGGGGCACAGAUCCCAACCUUCUAUAUGGAUACCAGCCAUUUGUUUGGUACACAGCAUCCUCGCUUGGCUCCCCCAUCUCUGGCACAGCAGCAAGGCUUCCAGACAGGUCCUUCACAACCAACUGCAGUUCAACAGAUCUCAAUACCUAUAUAUGCACCAAUUCCGGGUCAACCACAGGCUCAGCUGAGCUUAGGAGGGGGCCCAACUGUCUCUCAGGCCCAGGAAAUGUUCAACACAUCCUUGCAACCUUUUAGGACUCAGCAGGCUUUCAUGCAAAACAACCUUUCUCAGCCCUCACCUGUCGUUCUCUCGGGUACGGCUUUGCAUAACUUUUCAGCUGUUCAAGCCCAAGACCUGGCUAAGGCUCAGUCUGGUCUAGCAUUUCAACAGACUUCCAAUGCACAACCCAUUCCCAUCCUUUAUGAGCAUUCAUUAAAUCAGGCAUCAGGCCUUGGUGGUUCUCAACUUAUCGAUACCCAUUUGAUACAGGGGAACUCUAAUCAGUGGCAUGUGCAGGGUCUGAGAACAGGAGAAGCCGAGGCAGGCAACUACAAUAUAUGCUACCAUACCUUUCAACAUUAUCAUAGGAAAGCGAGGCCGGGUCUUACUCAGCCAUCUAACCUCUACACAGGACAGGUUCAACAACCUGGCCAAAGUAACUACUACAGCACAGCACAGUCACCCAAUGCUGCUCUUCAACAGGUGACUUUACCUCUUCCAGGCUCUCCGCUUUCCUUACCGAACUUUGGAUCUGCAGGACAACCCUUGAUUGCUUUACCCCAAUCCCUACAACCUCUACAGCACACUCCGGCACAGGCACAGCCUCACAACCUGAGUAGGCCAACACAGAUCAACCAACCCUUCAGGGGUUUGAUUGCAACAGGAGCACAGGCUGGCAUGAUUCCUGCAGCAGGCAAGAUGGCUGAGAUGGAUCUAAAACCUUAUGGAUGUAGUGUAGAUGUAAAACCAGGUACACCACCGAUCAGCGUACGAAGUAUUACACCGACCUCCAGUCCAUUCAGAGCCAGUUCCACAAGUCCAAACAGUCAAUCCAGCAAGAUAAACAAUAUGGUCUAUCAGAAACAGUUUUCCUCUGCUGCAGGGGUUCGGAUUGCACAGCCAUUCCCAGCACAAUUCCCACCACAGAUGCUUUCCCAACCUAACCUGGUCCCUCCAUUGGUAAGACCUCAUGGAAAUACUUUUUCAGCUCCUGUUCAGAGGCCUCCAAUGCCCCUGGCAAAUCAGAUGCAACCUCAAAUGACCACAGGUAUUAUCUGCCAUACUCGUCCUCAGCAUACACCAAGGGUUCCUUCAGGACCUGCACAGGGGAUCCGUGGAAACCAGGUCCAAGCUGCAAUGAUGGCUGAACAGGAUUUGAAGGCUAAGCAGCGUGCUGAGGUACUUCAGUCCACACACAAGUUCUUCUCUGACCAGCAGCAGCAGCAGCAAGUCAAACAGCCAGUGAGCAAAGGUCACAAAAGUGACAGCACUGGGGGUAAACCAACUGAGAGCGGCGGGUCAGGCAUUUCAAGCACAAGAGAAGAGAAGGUGGAAGAAAAACCCAAUUCAAGUCAGGCUGCCUUGUCAAAACCCGUUCGAACUGGACCAAUCAAACCUCAGGCAGUUAAAACAGAAGAAACAAAAUCCUAAAUAGCUGAUAGAACAGAGUAGGUGUUCUAAGCAUCCUUCGGGUGCAACGGGAGCUCUUCUCUGUGAGAUAAGAGCAGAAAGGUAUAGCUCAAAACAUGAAAUUUCUUUUAUAACAAAGAAGUGAGAUGUGAAGUAGUGAAGUGAAAGCUGAGCUGUCUUGCAAUAUGCAGAAUCAGAUGGAUCAUAAUUUUGAGCAACAGAAACGCCCAGGUGUGUAAACUAAUCCUAUGAUGAACAUUUAAUGUUGACUUUUGAACCUUGAAAAUUUGAAAAGGCAAUGUCUGACUUGUGUGGCAUUUCUUUUCCUUGAGAUAAUCACUGAAAUUAUGUAAAAAUGGCCAAGCUGGAAGCUGACCAGUUUUACACUUUUUAAGGCAAUUUAAUAAUCCUCUCAUUAAAAUGUUAUUUAAAUUUUUUCACGAGCUUAAUUACAGUAAAGACUGCAGUGAAUGAGUUAAGCUCCCUUUUUCAACCUAUUAAUUUGCAAUUGUGUUUAUGCAUAAACCAUUUUAAUCACAAGUCUAAUAUUGCCUUUUUUGAUUAUGCUAGUAUUAUAGUUGUAGGAUGUACUGUAUUAUACUGUGUGAAUGUAAGAUAUCUUGUCUAUCUGCUUAUGAUCAAUCAUUACUUAGUGACUGUGCUAGUAACACAGCUGUUUUUAUUACAGAAAUCUUGCCCAGGUUUGAUACAAAUAAGAUUCUGAUGAAGGUACAAAACAAUUGACGAUUGCUGUUAUUGGUAUUCUGAAACCUUGGCACAAAGUGUGAGCUAAAAGAUUGAUUUAUUGAUAUGUAUAUUUUUGUCACAGGGCUGGGGUGACACUGGGAAAGCUACACUGCUGCAAAACCUGCUUACCAUCAGUAAUGUGUUUUGACAAGUCAGUUUUAUUUGCUUACUUUGAAAACUCAGCUGUGAUGUCUGAUUUUUUGAGAUUUGUAUUCCACCUGUACUGUGUAUUCGUUUGGCAUUGUACAGAAGUUAACAGCCAUAUUGGUAUAGAAAUAUUAUUCUUUAAUUUUUUCAUUUGUACAGGGUUAACGCACUAUUAAAUAUGUACGAUCUUAUUUACGAUUAAUUUGGUUUGGUUACAUAACUAAUAAAAAAAAUGCUCAAA